GCGGGGCGGAGGCGCGAAGGGAGGGGGCGGUAUUUCAGUGGGGCAGUGAGCCGCUGUACGGAGAGAGAUACGCGCCUGCUUGUCUGAGAAGCGUUCGGCUUGACAGAGAAGUGGUAUACACUCUAAAACAAGAAACAUGUCUGAUAGAAAAGCUGUGAUCAAGAAUGCAGACAUGUCUGAGGACAUGCAGCAGGAUGCAGUGGAUUGUGCCACCCAGGCCAUGGAGAAGUACAACAUUGAAAAGGACAUUGCAGCCUAUAUUAAAAAGGAGUUUGACAAGAAGUAUAAUCCGACAUGGCACUGUAUCGUGGGAAGAAACUUUGGGAGUUACGUCACACAUGAGACCAAACACUUUAUUUAUUUUUACUUGGGGCAGGUGGCCAUUCUUCUCUUCAAAUCUGGUUGAAGGAAGGAUGUAAACAAUCCUGGACUGCAAUGCACUGAUGGCUAAAGCCACAUUUCUCCACACACUAAAAGAACUGGCUGUGCAAAUGCAUGGACUGUAUACAGUAUUUAAAUGUGUAUAUGUUGCAGUAAUUAACUUUUUUCUUUAGUUGCCUGGAAUAAAUAGGGGAGAGGGUAGUGUAGGAAUUUUUUUGUUGAUGCUUUAUAUUUUAUUUUCUUUUGUAUUGCACAAAUUGUUUAAAAAAAGAAAGAAAAAUGGUGGCCUUUAAAGGGAAAAAUAAAUGAAUCUAAACUCCUGAGAGGGAAGGAAUGUUCUACUGUGCAUUUGUUGUUCACUCUAUUAUUCCCAUCUUCAUGAACUAGUGGCAAUAUGCUGGUCUGGCUUUUAUUUAGUGUGAGCUUUAGUUUUACACUCUACAUUCUUUUUGCAUCUGCAACUCUUGACAUUCUAGUUAUGAAUUGGUGGAAUUUAUUAAAGUGCUAUAUGAAGGUGUGUUUUUUUUUUUUUUUUUUUUGUUUUUUUUUUUUUUUGGGGUGGGGCAGCAAACCUCAACUUUCCAUAUUUAAAUAUUCAAGGCCAAAUAUCAACUUUGUGGUAUGUUGUUGAAUUUGACCCUGUCAAAUGUUAAUGCAAGGCUUUAAAUGUGGUGUUUUCGUGAGGCUCCAUUGUGCGACUUCAUUAAUACUUUACUCUAGAAAUGGUGUGAAGUCUUCAGUGGAUGCAUGUUGUAUCAGAUAAUGGUAAAAAUGAUUGCUGCCUGCGGUGAUUUUUUUUUCUUGUAAUAAAUGCUCUUCCUUUUAUUGGCCAUCUGCUAAACUUGUUAUAUGGACACGUAUACACUGACUCCAAUACAGUCCACUUUAAUGACUGAUCACCUGUCUCAACUGUUUUGUAAUCCUAAGAAGAAAGAUGUAGAGGGCCUACAUUAUCUUGCUACAUUUUACUACUCUACCCUGUGGAAUCUGGUACACAAGGAGCAGCUUUUUGUGCAUUUUGGUACCCUGAUAUUUCGGCAGGGAGAAUUUGUCCUAUUCUGUCAUAUGCUCCUCUGCUGUCAUGACUUUCCUCCUUGGCUACUGCCUUUAGUGAUGAACAGUAAAUGGAAAUGCAAGGGGAUCCAUAUUAGAAGGUGUCCUACAUAGUACUGAACUGGACAAGAUUUUCUGACUGCAGUGUGAGAUGUUUUGUUCUUAGCUGUGUAUUUUCAGCUUUCUCAACUGGGGGGGUUGGAAUUAAACUGCACAUGGACUUGUAGAUAUGCUGUUGGAGGUUGCUCUAGGUGAAUUUGGUUUCUUGUGAUCAUUUUAUCUUAAUCUACUGGAGUACACCUUCAUUAAUAUAGGGCAUGAGAAUUGGAAAGCACUAGUUUCAUUAAUUUUAAAGGUUGGACUUAAAGAUAUGGUUAAUCUGAGAAAUGAUUCUAUAUAAUGCACCUAUUGUCACUUUGUGUACUUCAUGUUUUAUCUACUCAAAUUGCAUUGGUUUUCAAGAUGGCACAGUGUAGCGAAACACAUUGGAGAAGUGAAUUGAUUAUUGCACUUCUUUAAUGCAUAAUAGGAUAUGAAAUCUACUUCUCAACAGCCAUUUAAUAUGAAAUGAGGCAAGGUAGUUGACAUGCUAUAUAAACCUGACCAUGCUGAACAAGACACAUUUAUGGUUGGUGUUUUGAUCAGAAGAUUUAUUACAAAACUUGUUUGAUUUGUAAGUAUACAUGGUGAAUAAUGAAGGAAGUUGCAUUGUAUAAAAAAUUCAUAUUAAGUGGCUUGUUCGAAAGAUCUUCUCUAAACUGCCUUUCCUCUGCACAAAGGGGUAUGGGAAUGAAUUGAUUGCAUAGUGUGCUAUUGUUCCCAUCUCAUUUGGAACGUCAGUCUGUGUUGAAGCCUGUAGAGUAUGGCUUUGAACUUUGUCGCUCUGGAGCUAUGAAAAGUAGUAGCUGCCAGAGUAAGUACAUCUGUGACAUGUUAACAUUGUUGGUCUUAGGCAGAGAGCAUAUUGGAGUGCUGCUUAGUUUUCUGUGUUUAGAAAAUUUCUUUGAGGACUGUAGAAGACUUUUUUUUUUUUUUCAGUAUUUUUCUUAUUUUUGUUUGCAGUGUCUGAAAGUAACAUUUUUGAGGCUAAUCAUUUUCCAAUUUUGUCAUUUAGGAGAGUUUAGUAAUGGCUUUUAUAAUGGAAGAAAGCCCUGGGUGGAACAUAAUUUACUACAACACUUGCAUUAAUUGAUGUGCAGCUCUAUGGACUCUUUUUAGCUGCUAUUUGUCUUUAUAGGUUUUUUAAAAUUUGUUUCCACGCAUGCUUUCAAUGUGGUGGAAUUUGUGUCAUGGUCUGUCUUAAUUCAGCGCUGUUUUGUAGGCAAUUGCUCAACAGACAAUCUUGACUUUUAACAAUUUUUAUUUUGUGUACAUCUCAUUUUAUUUUCUACCUUUUCCUUCAGUGUGCUAUUACAAAAUGAAUAUAACAUAAUUAUUGUAGAGCCUUACAUGGUGACUUCUGAAUUUAGUGUGGAGCAAUGAAUUCUGCUGGAGGAACGGCUAGCUAGCUGUUACAAAAAAGCAAAUUGUGCCCAACCAGAUGUAAUUCAGUUGUAUUAAAUUUGAAAUUCGCAAGCUAACAAUAAACAUGAAAAACUAA